AUGUUGGCCUUUUUAUCCCACGCCCUACUCGCCCUUCUCGUACUCACCGCCACUGCGGUGCUCCUCCCUCAACUGCCUAGCGGUCUUUUGGCACUCAUUUUCCGUGGGGUGGGCUGGCUGAUUCGGAAACGCACUCGUUCUCGACGGGAAUACGUGAUCGCGCGGGCGCGAUCGGAGGAGGAGGAAUGUCGGGCCUCGCAGGCGAAGGACUCGGCGUCGCGCAGCCAGGUCGAAGACGAAGAAGGCUGGGAGAAAGUCGAUACCGGGGAGCGGCCUUCGAGUAGUGAUGGUAGUGGUGCUACUGGGACAGAGGAAGGGAACAAAGACGACUGGAACGGUAUUGUUGGCUUCUUCCAUCCUUUCUGUAAUGCUGGCGGAGGUGGCGAGCGGGUGCUGUGGGAAGCAGUGCGCGCGACACAGAGGCGCUGGCCAAAGGCCAUCUGUGCUAUCUACACGGGCGAUCACGAGGUCAACAAGACAACGAUGCUGGAGCGGGUGGAGAAUCGAUUCAACAUCAAAUUGCACGCGCCGACAGUGGUGCUGCUAUACCUGACGACGCGCAAGUACGUGAUCGCCAGCUCAUACCCGUACAUGACGCUGCUGGGCCAGUCGUUAGGGUCACUGGUCGUAGGCUACGACGCGUUCACGCUGUUGGUGCCGGAUAUCUUUAUUGAUACCAUGGGCUACGCUUUUACUCUGGCCCUUUGCAAAUGGCUUUUCCCCUCGGUUCCGACUGGCGCCUAUGUUCACUAUCCUACCAUCUCAACAGAUAUGAUCGCCUCCCUCGAUGACCAAACCGGAGUCCAGGGGAUCAAUUCUGGAGCGGGCAAGGGAGGUAAGGGAGCAAUCAAGCGGCGGUACUGGGAGAUGUUUGCGCAGCUGUACGGCUGGGUUGGGCGCCACGUUGACGUCGUCAUGUGCAACUCGUCGUGGACCGCGGCGCAUAUUCGCAAACUCUGGGGCAAUAGCAAGAGCAGUGGUGCAGAUAACACCGACGGAGCGGGAACAGCAUUCUCGCCGGCGGUGGUGUUCCCACCAACAGGCGUGGCCGAGCUAGAAUCGAGCAUUUCAGUCGACGCAGAAAGCGAGAAUACCCGUCAACCGACACUGCUGUACAUCGCGCAAUUCCGGCCCGAGAAGAACCAUCCGCUCGUCCUGCGUUCCUUCGCACGGUUCCUCCACGACCGAGCCAAGAACCCAGAAUUCGCAGACUAUCCGCCUGCACGUCUGGUGCUGAUCGGCUCCGUGCGCCAGUCCAGCCCCGAUGAAACCCAUAUCUACAACCUGCGGCUUUUGGCCCACGAACUCAAAAUCCGCGACCAGACCACCUUCCUUUGCGACGCCAGCUGGCCCGCCGUGCUCUCGCACCUCAGCACUGCCUCAGUCGGCGUCAACGCCAUGUGGAACGAACACUUCGGCAUCUGUGUUGUCGAGUAUCAGGCCGCGGGACUCAUCUGCGUUACACAUAACUCCGGCGGGCCGCGGGAGGACAUCGUCGUCGACCUCGGCGACGGGCCGACGGGCUUCCACGCUGAGACUGAGGAACAGUUCGCUGCUGCUUAUGAGGCGGCUCUUACGCUUUCACAGUCGGAGAAGAUUGAUAUGCGGCAGCGGGCUCGUCGUUCGGCGCGCAGGUUUACAGAGGAAGAGUUCUCGCGCAAAUGGUUGGAUCAAGUGCAGAAGCUUGUUGAUGCAUCAAGAUAG